AUGUAUCGUAAUAUAACUUACAUUAUAUUUUGCAUCGAAUGCGCUGGUCGAAGGCUGUAUGAGUUAUACUGGGCGAUGAAGCAGCAGAUGGAAAAAGGCCCGCAGGAUGCAAUAACACUCGAAGCACGAUAUUCAUUAUCGGAAGAGAAACUGUUGCGGGCAUCAUUUGAUUUUCGGGAACUGACAGUCUUCGUUGCGGCUGAUCAUCAUUCUGCUGGUGCUAUGGAGUAUCCAGUUAGGGUGCUCGAUUGCGAUUCCAUAACACAGGUGAAGGAGAAAUGUCUGGAUGCCAAAUAUCGCACAACUGCUUUUUCGGACCGUCCUUCAGUGAAUGAUCUUGAUUUGGAAUUACGUUCGGCAUGCCCGAGAAUUAUUCUUCAAGAUAUUGAUAGUACUUCGAAGGUCGAAGCUGGUGGCUGGAAAAGGAUCAAUACCCUUGCGCACUACAGUGUUCCAAACAAUGCUACAUUAGCGUUACUUCCGCGCCAGGCAUCCCUCUACAACCUGUCUUUGUUGAGUGAGCGCAGCGAGCGUUCAACAUUUUCGUUGCCGAAACAAAGCCCCACGCUUGUAAGGCCAUUCGGGACCAACUCAAGCUCGCAAUGCAAAGACAUGGAGUCCAAUCACAAGUUAUACCACCUUGUACGUCCCUCUGAGCAUGGCCCAUCUGACCAGCAGGACAAAAUGGUCACCGAAAUAUAUCUAACCAGUUUCCGUAAUGCGUUUGCACGUUUCAGGCUAUUGACAAUGAAAGGCACUCUCCAGAAAUUUAUCCAGAAUCUUUUGGAAGUUAUAUUUUCUACCGCAACAGUAAAUUCAACGCCUCCUUGUGUAAAAUAUAUGUUUGAUUUCAUGGACGAGCAGGCACGAGAGCAUGGCAUUGAGGAUGAUGAAGUUAUUCACGCUUGGAAAAGCAAUUCGUUGCCGCUGAGGUUUUGGGUCAAUUUGAUAAAAAACCCACAUUUUGUGUUUGAUAUCCAGAAACCUACAAAAUCUGCCUUUUUUCAGCUUGAAGGCUGUCUCUCAGUAGUAGCGCAAACACUUAUGGAUGCAUGUUCAACCCAGGAUCAUCAGCUAACAAAAGAUUCACCCAGCAGCAAA